AUGAUUUUAGAUUGCAAAUUUAAAGAAACUGUCACAUACGGCCAUAGGACGUUGAAAACAAGGCUUCCCGUUCGCUCAGCCCUAUUUAAGCAACGUACCGGCGGAUUAGUAGUUAGGUGGGUGACCACUAGCGAAUACCCGCUGUUGUAUGUUUUU